CACACACGCACGCACACACUCAGACGGCACACACGCAGAAAAGAAGAGAAAGCCAGAGAGGAGAACUGCGGCGGCACGAUGGGGAUAUUCUGCCUGCGUGGGCUCUGUCGCUGAGGCGUCCGGAGUUCAGUCACUGUAUGCGUGUGUGUGUGUGUGUGCGUGUGUGUGCGUGUGUGAAAGAGAGAGUGUGUGUCUGUGUGUGUGUGCAUGUGUGAGUGAGUGAGAGCCCCUGCCGACGCCGUGUGGAAAAAGGAAAGGGGAAACAGAGGAGAGCGGGUGGAGAGGAGGAAAAGAGAGGGGGAGUGUUGACUCUGACUGGGGCUUAGAGGAACCUCACGCCACUGGAUCAGAGGACGCUGAUGUGCAACAACUACUUCAACUACUGCCGCUGCUGCUCCGCCUGCGUGCCGCUGCCUGCUUGUCCUCUCAACUUCUGCCAUGGCAUAGCCUCCUCUUCCAGCUCGCCUCUAAUCCACCAAGGAAACGGGCAUGCAUGGGCACAACCGGGGAUCUAGGCUAUUGCAUCCUUUACGUCAGUAAUUCACAGUCUGAGGAAACAUGGUGAGCAAGGAGGGUGGCAAAUGCAUGCUCACCAACUCAGAGUCUGACUCGGAGGCAGCGCCCUUACCCUCCACCUCGCUGGCGCUGGAGGUGAAGUAUUCCCUGGAAGCCAGUCGACAGGUGAGGAAGAGAAACAAGGCUCUGCAAGUGCGUUUCAAGGAUAUCUGUGAGGCACAGAACGAGCAAAGGGAGGCGGAGUUGCAGGCAGCAGGGAAAGGUGGCAAGCCGAUCUCGUACAAAGUGGCGUACCGCAAGUACAUGACCGUCCCUGCCCGCAGAUCCAUCCCGAACGUCACAAGGAGCACAGGCGUGCAGACGUCCCCUGACCUGAAGAAACGCUAUCAGACCUUUCCUUUUGAGCGCAAGAAAGGCCACACCUUUAAACACGUGGCGGCCGUGGAAACUUAUAAAGGUCAGAAUAACGGUUUUGUCAUGGAGGUGAAGCAGUCCAAGGCUGCUGAGCAGGGUUUAGAUGAGGAGGAGGAGGAGGGAGCCUGCGGGGGGAGUGGAGUCCGGAGGACCAGGGCUCUGCUCCAUACUAAUGAGUGCAUUGCCACAGUGGAGCAGCACACUGCACCUGAUGGCCUGUGCUCUGACGCUCUGCUGCUCAGUUGCUCUGCAGACACAGACUGCCUUGCAGACACACAGAGAGGAAGCGGAGCCGGAGCAGCACAGGCAGAGUACCAGCUCUGCAGUGUCCCAUCCAAAGCCAGGACAGGAUUACAACACAGGGAGGCUGAUACAGACCGCUCGACCAAGAGGCAGCUGCUCAAUCUGGAGGAGGGCUCGUCCCGAACCCUGCCGGACAGGGCCUCCAAGGUUACGGGCCCCAUCGCUUGGAACUCCCUAACCCAGGUGGAGUGCCUGGACAGUCCUUCUGUGCGGAGCAAGCGGAAGAAAGCCCUGCAGCUCAACGGGCUGCAGAGCGAGACGCUGCCACGUUCCGGCAGGGGCUGUACAACACAGGCACAGUGCCACACAGGACAGCUAUCUGCCCGGCCUCUACGGGGCAUGGAGGAGCCUCUCUCACCCUGCACAGGUGGCGAGGCUGGUGGGGCACCGCCCGACCACACACAGGAGGCCUGUAAGCAAAUAGUGCCUAUGAAUCAGGAUGGGGAUGUUAAAGCACAGCUCCAGGCCAUGGAAAAUCUCAUCAGCUCCAGUCAAGAGACCAUCAAGGUGCUGCUGGGGGUCAUCCAAGAACUGGAGAAGGGAGAGGCCCACAGAGAAGGAACAAUAACAGAGAGAGUUCAAGAGGAAACAGCUAGAAAGCAAGCGUAUGAACGAAGACUCUCCUAUCGAACCGGACAGGACACAGCCAACUGUGACACAUGCCGGAACAGCGCAUGCAUUAUUUACAGUGUGGAGCUGGACUUCAAGCAGCAGGAGGACAAACUGCAGCCGCUGAUGAAGAGGCUUUGCCCUACGGAGGACAGCCACUUCGCCGCCCUGCCUUACCCCCAGGAGGCCUUCACCUCCACCCCUAAACGCAAGUCCAAAGCUGACUCCAAGAAGCACGCUCGCUGGAAACUUUGGUUCCUGUGAAAACACAGGACGUCUCUCCUCCCCGAGUGCCGAUGCACAGGAUUUAAGCGUCCAUCGGGUCGCCGAUAUUCGUUUGGUUUAUCCAUCAUCCGUUUUAUCACUUGGCUUUUUGUAGACCUGGGUACCAGUAUUGAUGGAGAGCUCCACCACUGGAUACUGAACCCCUUCUGCGUGGAUUCCAUGGAAAAUUCAAAAUGUCAUGCUUACCAAAAAUGGAUUCAGAGUUAUUUUUAACUAAUUUCUUUGAACAUGGUGUGAAAUUACACCAGAGGAACAUAUUUGGAGAUCAGCAAGGUGAGAAGACGAAUUUGAUUUCCCUCUGUCUAUUUGCAUAUAUUUUUCUAGCUGACAGUCUACGGAGUCCUAUUCUAUGAUAAUGGUUCAGUGACUGUCACAUUUCUUAUUCACCAGUUGGGACUUUUGUCUUUCUUCCCAGCCUCCAGGAGAGGUUGGCGAAAAUCAACCACGAUGCUCUGAGGUCUACAUCAACAGCAUAUCACCGUACUGCAAAGCACAAUUAACACUGUUCAGGAUACAUUUUCUCCAGAAUAAUUAAAAAGAACUAUUUUGAGUAUUAACUCACACAUGUAGAUCACCUACUAACCAUGCCAGAUUGAAGACGUUCAUAAUAUCUAAAGAAGAGACCUAAAGGACAAAGAAGUCAGAGAUGUUUAUUGGAAUUCUAUGAUCCACUUUCUACCCAUCGCUAAAAAUGUCUCCUUGAAUCAACUGACUUUGAAGUAAAGAAUGAAUAAAUAACACUUAUUUUCUUAAUAACGUUUGCAAAGUUAGACGUCAAUGUACUUUUUUCUAUAUAAAUAUAUAUCUAUAUACAUUCACUUUAAGGUUUAGUGGAAUAUAUUUAUUUGAGCUGCUGUGAAGGGGGCUGUGCAUUUUAAAAACUACAGCGCAUAGGAGGUAAAUCAUUUCGGAUUCUUAAUUCCUUUUCAUACAUCAUACUUAGUUCUUACUAACCUCACAAUGCAUAUGGCGAUUGAAACCAUACGCCGUAAAGAAAAGAGGGAAUCCAUACAGUCAAAUUUCAUCAGUAUGAAACUAUAGAGUGUUCUGGCUCAACACGCAGAAAAAAAGAAAAAAGUUUAACGAUCCUUUAUUGUUUCAGUCACGAAACCAAGUAAGAUGAAUAAUAGUUGGUUCUUAGCACAUUGUGAAAGGUAACAGAAGAUAGCUGAGAUUGUAUUGCUGCAGUAUCCUGCAUCAUCUACUACGGUAGCUACUGAAACCAAGCCAGAAAGACUGAAUGUGCCACUUCUGAUCACAACCAGGGCUUCUACAGUGCAGGGUGGCAGGCGUGUAGCCUUGCAUGCUUUUUACAACCCUUUGGAUUUUGCAGGAUAUUUUCUAGCUUUAAAAAAAAGUAAAUAAAACAAUUUUUAAAAAAGAAGAACAAACUUUUUUCUCCCCCCUUUUUCCCCACUUUUCUUAAAUUACUAGCUCCUGCUCAUUGCUUCCCCAUCUAUUCGACUGUAAAGUGAAAACUCAUGUAGUGACGCCAUACAGGGUGCAAAGACUAUGUACAGCCAAAAUAAUAUUUGCAUUUACUAUAUAUAAAUAUAUGUUGUAUAGCAUUGAAUAGGGCUAAUACCAUUUUAAUGAGUGGGAAAGCAGCCAAUAUCUAAAAAGAAAAACAACAUUACUUUGCAAUGCCUGCAGGAGCAUAAAACUGAAGUCACUCUCCAAGCCAAAAUCACUGCCCCAAAAGACAGGAUAUGCGCCAAAGUGGUUUCAAGGGCAUAAAAGAAACAUCCUUACGACUGUCACAACAAUAUCUAGAAAACUAUGAAAAUAUAUCGCUGGCUUGACUUUCACAAGCUCCAACGUGCUGCUUUCUGUUGGCUACAUGUGAUUCACACCUCCACUCUUGUACUCCUUGGUUUCUUUCAGUAGUUAUGCUGUAGCAAGAGAGAGAACUAGAUGUUUAUCUGUACCUUAAAGAAGUGCAAUUGAUUUAUUAUGUGCAAUACUGUGUAUUUUAUACUGUUUUUUCAAAAAAGGAGAAGAAAAAAAAGAAUAAAGAUAUUUAAUAUGCAAAAUAUGAAAAAUAAAACACAGACAUCUACAGAGCUUUCAAAGUCUGAAGAAGACUGGGUAUCAUUUGCAUAGUGAGUAGCAUUGUAAGGAUGUUACUUUCAUAGCAGUUAAAGAGCUGGCUCACCCAAAGGACAAAAAACAUAUUUUCUGACUAACACUAUCCAGCCGUUAGCAGCAAUGUAGAUUAUAUUUGCCCUUGUUAUCCGGGGUGAUAUUAUUCACUGUCACUCUGGAGAAGAUAUAUUGCUUUUGAACAUUUUAAAAAACAUAAUUUGAAAUGUAAGUGUAAUGUCGCGAGCACCACAAACGAAAUGUCAUUCACCUCAAUUACACUGAGGUGUCAGCGCGACAACUCUUUGCAUGGCUGCUUCUAUGUGGUAAGUGAGGAAAUAUGUUUCUUUUUUUGUUGUUGUUUUUUUUUUUGUAAUUUGGGUGAACCAAUCUGGUAAUUUGAAAAACCCUGACAGCAAAACAAUCAACUCUCCAAUAUUUUGUGAUGAAAAGCUACAGAUAAGGUUGGAAGAUCCUCAGAGAAUUAGCCCUGCAUCUCUUUGAUGCUCAAAUUGAGAACAGAAUAUAACAGGAGGGAUAAGCAGUGAAGGUCUUCUGGUGCAUGAAGUAAAACUGCCUUAGAACCUGCUUCUGAUCCAAAAAUUGCACUCACAGCACACUUCUCGCCCCAGUCAUCGUUACUUUAAUGCCGCCUAUGUUCUUUCGGGCACGCUCAUCUGUUGGUGCACCUGCUUAAUCUUGGUGUAGACCAGCAUUGAGGUGAAUCCAGGUAAACUGGGGACAAAUCUCUGAGUAAAUGCCCUAGAGAUGCAGAGUCACCCUCACAUGGAUGCAUGAAGCUGCAGGAAGGAGUGUUUCUCAAGGGUAGCACUGCUCCCCCUCCCUGCUCUCACCCAUAGCAGGGCGCAUCUCCACAGGCCUUCCCUUGGGUCUACAGCACAGUACUGACGGUACAAACAACACGACCAGUGCACCUCCACAUCUUCACAUGCCCUUGAACCGCUGUCCUCCUGUGGUUUGAGGGUGGCGAGUAUCACCGUGUGAGUCCCAGCAGUCCUCACACAGUGUUGACAGCGAGCACACAUCUGACAUGAGUUGUGGCGGGGUCAAUAAACCCAAGAGGACGCUCAGUCAAAGAUCCGGCACAGGAGAGGAGAGGAGACGGAGGAGGUGCAGCGAGUGAGUGAUAAGUGCAUGUUUGAGGCAUUAUGAUGCAGUGCCAUAUCUCACUAUGCUUCUUUUCUGUAAGAGUUCUGCAGCAUUCUGGCCAGCAGGAGAGAGAGAAAGAGAGAGAGAGAGGGAGAAAAGGACAGAAAGAAAGAAGCAAGGGGAUGUUGAGAGAAAUAUUUAGAUAGAAGCCGAUGCAAAGACACUGAGAUGAACAGUGAGUGAUACAGAGAGACAAACACACAGGAGAUUUGAAUAGACGUCAUUGAGACGGCUUUGUUUGCAAAGUGAGUGCAUGCAGCACAGAACAAGCUCCAGCCCCUAUAGCCGGUCAGCCCCAUACUGUCAAUCAAUAACAUAGACUCCUUCCUCUGCAGCUUUCCACUCAGUUACUUCUGCAUACUGCAGGAAAAUCGUCAGGACGAACCACGAAACGCUGCAACCAGCCGUCACCCUCAACCUGUUGUUGGUUGGUGUUCAAAAACUAUUGCUAUGAAAAGUUCAAUAGCUGAGGACAACAUUAAGGAAAAGCCAAAUGCCUAUCAAGAUUUCCAAUUCUAUCUCAGAUCUGUUUGGUACGCUGUGUUAUUAAUUUUGACAUUUAGGUGUUUGCCGACAAUGUGUGACAAAAUAUGCAAAGGUCAGGCUGGCUAACAUGACAGAAUUAGAAGAAAAAAAAAAAAAAAAGGUUUGGUUGCAGACGACAAGUGUGUGUUGCUUUCCACGUGUAUCAUCCCGAAGCUUGAGCUCGAGGAAAUGUGAUUCAAGGGCAUAAAAAAAAGGUAGAACUUUGUAAUUUCAGCAGGGGCAGCCAAAAAUGUUUCUGCUACUAUCAUAAUGUAAAUGUAUUCACAAGGACUCAUCUCAACCUGCAUGAGGGUGGACCUGAAUAUCAAAAGAUACAGCCCUGCUAAGAUGUCCGACGAGGCAAAUGUGUGGCGAUGCUGUGUCUAAGUUGCUAACAGGCGUAGCACUGCGGUGACAACACACAACAAAACGGACGCCCCCGAGCCGUCGCUGUGAUCGCUCUCAUCAACAUUCUGUGUCCACCGGCAGGCAGGAGAGGAGAGAGAGAGGGAGAGAGAGAGGCGGGAGACAGAAUAGAACGUUAAUGCAUAAAUCUAAAUGUAAGAGGCUGCCACUCAGAAGAACAAGGUCGGUGGUUGGCUUCGGCGUUGUGUGAGCAGCGGCGCUCGCAAUCUGCCUGCAGAGCAGGCAGCAGUACCCUGCGGCAGCAACAGCAGUCCUCUGAUUAGAAAGCGACGACACUUCUGGGGUGCCAUAGCUGUUAAAAAAAAUUCCCACCAAUCUUAUUGAUCAUAAAAUAGCGAUUUGGAGGGGGUUCCUGCUUUUGAAUGCAGUGUUCGUCUCAACUUCUGUAUACGUGUGUGAGUAAAAAAAAGGAUCCAUGGUGUGUUCAGAAAGACAAAGCUUUGAUGUGACCUCUGAAAAGACGCUCUGCACGCUGAUGCUAAAUAUUAUGCAGGCACUUAGAAAUGUCAGGGCGGUCGAGUAAAGUGGCUGGUUACCUAUAGAGGCAGCGGCUGACAAAAGACAGAGGUCAGAGGGGGCAAUAAAAGCAAACUGUUAUAAAGAGCGUGAAGGGAGGGGCAGCUGCAGCACAUGUAUAUGAAGUAGUAUAUAUUGUCAAUGAGGGCCACGUGAGGUCACGGUAGAGUAGUUUCAUUAACCAGAAUGGACGCUGGCUUCAUUCACGCCAUUCAGCAGCCACUGCUGGAAACACUGAAUGCCGUUUCACUCACGCCACAGAGAGGAGGGGGUGCGCUGAAAUGGAUGCACCUAGUAUAAUACAACAGACAGGCAAGAGGCCCGCAUGUGCUGCCUUCGUCAGUGCUAAUAGCCUUUUAGACAAAGUGGAAGGUAAGAUCCGGAUCUGAAAUACACGGAAUAAUCAAAAGAACCCCCACUGCAGUGACAAAUAACGGAGGGGCGACAUGGCAGGAGUGGAGAGAGAGAGAGAGAGAGAGAGUCGCAGAGGCAGCUGGGUACAAGUUCUGACAUCUUUUCCAAAUCCAACUUUCCAAACUCUCUGACCAUGAGCCAAGGUGGGGGACGAUGCAGUGUCUGUAUGCCCUGGCAUGGAAAUAAAUAGACUGGCAAGCUCGAGAGGGAGAGUAAGUGGGAGUCCUACACCCCUCCCCGUCGAGGCAGCUGGCUGGGAGAGAAAGGGCAGAAAGGGAGGCCUAAGCUCAACUCACAGCAUCAUUAGCUUUACAUUAUGUGGUGCAGCGCACGAUGCAGAUACGUCACCCAACAAAGCGCUCCCCCCUUUUGUGCGAUCGUGAAAUACCUUCAUGUCGAGGGAGAGAGGAGCUCGAGAAUCUCUGCAGUACAACACAACUUUGCUGCAACUCGGAGAGAAAGGAAGAACGCGAGCGAAAGAAGGGAGUAAAGGGGACACAGGGGACAAAGGAUGAGUGCUGCGGACGUAUUAUAGCACUAUGACAUAACACACACACACACACACACACACUGGAUGAUUAGUGUGUGAUAACUCUGGCUACUGUUGGCUUUAUUAAAUCACUCUCUGCUGGUGUGGCUCAGUGACUGGUAAUAAAAGCAGAUAAGCUUCCAUUUAAACAGGUGAUGCCGUUUCCUGCUGCUGCACAGACGGCGAGGAUGCUGUGCCUGCACACUCGCACACAAACGAUAAAUAACCUGAGACAGGGAGGAAAAAGGAGGCUCCGCCGACCAGUACCGGUAUCAAUAUCAUCAGUCAGUAUCAUACGACUCCCCAUUUUCCUAUACAUACUUGAAGUCCGGAGAAAAUGUCUCUCUCAUCACUUACCUCUUUUUAAGUGGGCUGUAAAAGUACCAUUAGUGCCCUCAAAGGAAUCUGAAUCAUAAAAGCGUGCGUAAAAAAAAAAAAAAACCUGCAUAUGUUUAUUACCCAAGUCUGACUUUCAAAGUCACAUCACGAGCCACAUGCAGCUCUAAUGAAAACAAGCGUCGACAGGAUGGGAUCAAACUCGUCAAAGAAUACAGAAGUUGACAUUUAUUGGACUUUUCGGACUCGUGAAAAAAAACCGAAGAAGACAGCAUAUUUAUAUGCUGACUGAUAAGUGCAUUAAUUGCUACCGAGCUCUUGCUGAGACUGGGGUGAAGGAUGGUAACAACAGUGGACGCUAAUGGUAGUGGGUUACAUUAUCGCACGGAGCAUCUGAAAUGUUUUAAUAAGCGAGGGAUCAGACACACGCGGAAAAAAUCAUGAAACAGCAAAACAAAAAAAGCGCACACACACACACACAAACAGCUGGCUGGAGAACGAUAUGAGCAGAUCAAAGCCGCUCUCGGAAUGAGGUUGUGCAAAAAAACAUUUUGCCAAGGUAGACUUUACCUUUAAUGAUAGUUUUGGAAUGGGAUUGGAGUUGCAGUGGGCCCGUGGGAGUUAAGCUGGUUGUGGUACAGAGGACUUUAAAUUGGAGUGUGUGUGUGUGUGUGUGUGUGUGUGUUUGUAUGGGUGUAACGAGCAGAGGGGGGGAAAAAAAAGGAAAUUGAAUAAGAGCUACUCUUAAGGGUACAGCUAAUAGUUGCAGAGAAUCUGUCAA